GCCGCGCAGUUCCAGGAACCCGAGGGCGGGCUCUCCGCCCGCUAUAAGAGGCCUCCCCGGGCGGCCCCGGCAGCUCCGCCGCCGCCCGCCGCCGCGCACCGAGCCCCGCGCCCCGGCCGCCGCCGAGACCGGCACCCGCGCCCCAGGUGAUGGUGUAGCAGCCGCUGCUCCCGGCAGCAGCACCCCGAGCGCGCAAAGCUGGCUCCCUGCGCCAUGGUCACCCACAGCAAGUUCCCCACCGCCGGGAUGAGCCGCCCCCUCGACACCAGCCUGCGCCUCAAGACGUUCAGCUCCAAGAGCGAGUACCAGCUCGUGGUGAACACCGUGCGCAAGCUGCAGGAGAGCGGCUUCUACUGGAGCACGGUGACGGGCGGUGAGGCCAACCUGCUGCUGAGCGCCGAGCCGGCCGGCACCUUCCUCAUCAGGGACAGCUCGGACCAGCGGCACUUCUUCACCCUCAGCGUCAAGACGGAGUCGGGCACCAAGAACCUGCGCAUCCAGUGCGAGGGCGGCAGCUUCUCCCUGCAGAGCGACCCCCGCAGCAGCCAGCCCGUGCCCCGCUUCGACUGCGUGCUCAAGCUGGUCCAUCACUACAUGCCGCCCGCUCCCUGCGCCGUCCCCGAGCAGCCGGGGGGGGGGCCUGCCCCCAAGCGCACCUACUACAUCUACUCGGGCGGCGAGAAGAUCCCGCUGGUGCUCAGCCGCCCGCUCUCCUCCAGCGUCUCCACUCUGCAGCACCUCUGCCGCAAGACCGUCAACGGGCACCUGGACUCCUACGAGAAGAUGACUCAGCUGCCGGCUCCCAUCAAGGAGUUCCUGGACCAGUACGAUGCCCCCCUCUAAGGGGCCCGCGGAGGGAGGUCACACGCUACAAGCACAAGAGCAGGGGACAGGCACAACACCCCGCAGAAGCAGGGACUUGCGGGGCACGAGAAGCCUCUCCCUCUGCGAAGGAGAGGAGGGGACCGGGGGCGAGCCGUGGC